AUGUCUUCAGACAGUCCAAGGACAGUUAGCUCAAGACUAUCCAGUCCAGACCCCAUGCCUCCAAGAACGAUGAAUGAGGGAAGGGUGACUUCAAGGUCAAUGAAUCCACAAUCAGGCAGUCUACGGACAAAGAGCCCCUCUCUAAGAUCUGGAGCCCAUUCUCCAGAUCAGUACCUCAAGGCUAAAGGAACAGCAGAAGAAAGCAGGUUCACUAGAGAGAGGUCUAGCUCCCCUGCGAAAGACCGCCCUGCUGUGAAGAAGACAGGAGCCGUUGUGAUAGAAACGGGUACUGGGAGCUGUAAAGCAGGAUUUGCUGGGCAGCAGAAACCCAAAUCCAUUGUUGGUACUUUGGUCGGCCAUCUUUCAGAGAGGUCAAUAAAGUCGGGAAGGACUGGACCAGACACUUUUAUUGGAGAGAGAGCCCGAGUGCAACCCAAUGUGGAGAUCAUUGAGCCUGUGAGGAAUGGCAUCAUCAUUGAUUGGGAGGCAGCAGAAGUCCUCUGGAGACACAUGCUCUAUCAUGACCUUAAGGUUCCUCCAGAAGAGCAUGCUCUAUUGAUGUCAGAUCCACCCCUCAGCCCUACCACCAACAGAGAGAAGAUGGUGGAAGUGGUGUUUGAAUCUCUGAACUCUCCUGGCAUGUACAUUGCCUAUCACUCUGUCUUGUCAGUAUAUGCCCAUGGGAAAAUCAGUGGCUUGGUGGUAGAUGCGGGUUAUGCAGUGACCCACAGUGUGCCGGUCCUUGAAGGUUACAACUUGCCACAUGCCACUGAGAGAAUGGAUAUUGCUGGAUCUGACUUGACUUCCUUUCUGCUACAGCUUCUCAAGGACACUGGGCAUGCGUUUAAUGAGAGGAUGAUGCAUAUUGUGGAAGACAUCAAGCAUAAGUUCUGCUACGUCGCUGCUGACUUUGAAAGUGAGUGCAAUCUUCCCAAGGAGGAAUACAUGGUAGAUUUCCAGCUGCCGGAUGGCCAGAUCAUCAGCCUAGGGAAAGAGCGAUUCCAGUGCCCAGAGAGAUUAUUCAACCCCCCAAACUUGCCCGGUGUUUCCCUUGUAGGCAUCCACGGCAUGGCCCAGAGAAGCUUAAAGAAAGUCCCUAAAGAAGCCAGGAGAGACAUGUACCAAAAUGUACUUCUCUGUGGAGGUUCCUCUCUCUUUGAGGGGCUGGAGAAGAGGUUUUCCAGAGAGCUCCUUCAGAAAGUGCCAGCUAACACCAAGCUGAGAGUUUCCUCCAUCCCGCUGAGGAACUAUGCUUCUUGGACAGGAGGCUCCAUCCUGGCUUCCUUGAAGAACUUCCAGUCAUGUUGGAUUCGAAAGGAGCAGUACAAAGAGCAUGGGCCGUACAUUGUCCAUCGGAAGUGCUACUGA